CGCGUUGCUUUCUAAAUGGUUAUCGCGUCUCUUUCUAGCCUCGCUUCACGGCGAAACCUCACCCAAUUCCUUUAAUUAAACGAUAAUAUGGCCCUCCCACUACCACCUGGCCUUGUGCCAACCGAAGUAGCCUUCCUAUGCGAGAUGGAAAUGGUUACGGUCGUUCCACGUCAAAGACUCGAGUCAAUUCCGUUACUCAGUGGCAAAACUCCAGCUUUACGACCACCGCAUCGCGCCCAGCUUCCCUUAUGGCUUGCGAUUUUACUUAAGAAGCAACGGCGCGCGAACAUCGUCGCACCGCCUUGGCUAUAUCCAGAUUCGCUCAAGGAUAUCAUCAAUCACGAGACCAACAUCGAUCCCGUAGCAUUCUCCCCACCUCCACCACCGCCUAUGAGGUCCGACGGCAGGGGUAGCGCAAGGCCAUACGCGCAAUCUUCGUUUGAGCUGAAGCCGGGGGACAUAGUACUGUCGCCGCCCUUUCUCCCCUCGUGUACACAGGAGGCGCCUUCGGGCUACCUACCUUACCACUGGCUAGAACUUUCAGAGACUCUGCUUGCGCACGCCGCCGACGAUAUACCUAACGCUGCUGAGGUUCGGACGUUACUUCGGGAUCUACAAGAGGUGCGUGCGGCGAAAAUGCGCAGUAGUACAGUACAUCUAGAAGGCGGCGGCGGUGUACUCAAGUUGCGAGGUGUCGGGGCAAUGGAACUAGCUGAAAGCAGAGGGUUUGUGUUAGGCGUCAUCGAAGGUGUACGGAAGCUAGGCGCGAGCGCCGAGGCGAGUAGGAGGGAAGAGGAAGAAGAAAGGGCUAAUGGCGAAGGAGCCGAGGACAGCGACGAGGAGAUGGGCUUCUAGACACGAAAUAAACGACGCAUAUGAGACACGGUACAGCAUUACAUUGCAUUGCAUUGCAUACGGCUCCAGCAUCACGGCAUAUUGCAUAGCAUUGGACCGGCGUUUGGUCCCUUCAUCAAACCGGGAAACAUUUUGAAAUCCAUUUACAUAUACCGAA